UACAUUAGAGCCCUCCCCACCCACCCUGAGCUCCCAAAUAAAUACGAGGAAAGGAGGAGGAGGACAUAUCCCAAGACAGGAGCAGAGGACACAUCUCCAAUCUAGAUUGAAGAAUCUCACGGAAUCCUAAUGAAGGCUUCGAUCAUCUUAUUGCUGAUUGGUCUGGCUGUGGCUCAGGCGCAGUUUCAAUGGCUGAGCGACUCGGCAAACUUUGCUAAGGGCGCUGUCCAAGGGUCCAAAGACAUGUACAGGGCCUACAAUGAUAUGAGAGAGGCCAACUACAAAAAUUCAGACAAGUAUUUCCACGCUCGGGGGAACUACGACGCUGCGCAGCGAGGACCUGGUGGGUCGUGGGCUGCCAAGGUUAUAAGCGAUGGAAGAGAAGCCGUCCAGAUGCGAGGCAGCGGCAGAGGAGCGGAGGACAGCCGGCUGGACCAGCAAGCCAAUCACUGGGGGAGGAACGGAGGUGACCCCAAUCGCUACAGGCCUGCGGGGCUACUCAACAAAUACUAAGCCCCGCCUUCCGAUCAUCUGACAUCACAACUACGAGAACAACCCAUAACCAAUCAAUGGGAAGGAAACGCUGCUGAACCCACAAGACCGAGAAUGAUACAAAUAUUACCUAGAAUUCUAGAAACAUUUCAUAUCUGCAUAUAAAUAAUAAAUAUUUACAUGUCGCCAA